AUGAAAAUUCUAACCGCGAUUUGCGCAUUUAGUUCAUUUCUGUAUUUAGCAAUUUGUCAACCAAGCACGGAACACAGCUGGAAACACUUGUGGCCAUACGUCGGUCAACCUAGCGUACCACACUGGUGGGAAAGACUUGUCAAAGAAUGGGGAUAUACAGAGGUUGCAUUCUUUCGUGACAACCAAGUCUUCUUCAUAGACACCUAUCAACAGAAACUCUGUUCCUUUCAUACAGGGAAUAGAAACACAUAUUGCGUUCAUAUAGCCCAAGGUCUCGUGUCUUUUGCUGUUCCUGUUAGAGGCCAUCCCGACAAGUUUGUAGUGGGUUGCGGUAAGGAUAUUAUAAUGAUCAAAUGGGACAGUUUCAAACAUGCGAAAUCUACUACUCAUUACUUAUUAAAAUCCCCGCACCAGCCUCCUCAGGACCCACUUCCCUUAGGCAACAGAGUGAGUUAUGGAGGAGUCGAUUACGCGAAUAGACUAUGGUUUGCAACGACGAACGAUAAUCCAAAAUAUCAUACACUGAACUUGGGAAGUGUGUACAUUUUGAAUCGGAAUAAGGAUCUUGAAGAAAAAAUUCCAGAACUUCGUUCGGUCACUGGUGGAUUCGUGUGGGACGUUCCUCGCGUUCCUCACUUUGAAAUAAACACAAGAUAUUCACCGCCUUUCAAAUUCUAUUACGCUGACACUCUAAACCAUCAUAUCGUGGAAUACGAAUUUUGGAUGGAAUAUGAAAUUCUUAAAAAAACUGAAGUAGUGCAUAACUUGCAAAAAUUUGAAGUACCCGGCGAUCCUGGUCGUAUGGCAAUUGAUUCAAGAGGUUUGCUCUGGGUGCCUCUUCUUGGAGGGCAUAGAGUCGUUGAAUAUGAUCCAUUUCAAAAAAGGGUGCUUCGAACUGUUCGCAUACCUGCAGCCAAGGUCGGCGCAUGCAAUUUUGGAGGUCCUAACUGGGAUAUCUUAUAUGUAUCAACAUUAGGAUAUGAAAAUAAUGAAGUUCGUCCACCAGGCGAUGAAGGUGGUCAUCUUUACGCUGUGCACAACCUUCAAGUGAGCGGAAUGCCAACAAGAGAGUUUUUAUUGAAUAAAGAUGUAAUGUUCAAGGCCUCUGCAGCGUUGGAAGAUCACAAGCUCAGAAAAGGUGGACCACAGAUUCAGGGCUCUCAUGGUAAGGAAGUUCCCCCAGGCGCGGAAACUGGCAGGCCAUACGGCUUGCAACCCAGCUUGUCGAGCAUCUCGCAACCCAGAUUGCCACCCUGGCGGGAAACAAUUGUCAGAGAAUGGGGACAUACAGAAGUUGCAUUCUUUCGUGACAACCAAGUCUUCUUCAUAGACACCUAUGAACAGAAACUCUGUUCCUUUAAUACAACGGAUCGAAAUACAUAUUGCGCUCAUAUAGGCCGAGGUCUUCUGUCUUUUGCGGCUCCUUUUUCAGGCGAUCCCGACAAAUUUGUGGUAGGCUGCGAUAAGUCUAUUUUAAUGAUCAAAUGGGACAGUUCCAAAGAUGCGGAAUCUACUCCUCAUUUCUUCAUUCAAUCACCGCACCAGCCUCCUAAGAACCCACUUCCCUCAGGAAACCGAGUGAGUUAUGGAAGUGUCGAUCACAGGGGCAGAUUAUGGUUUGCGACGACGAACGAUAAUCCGGACUAUCAUGCACUGAAUUUGGGAAGUGUGUACAAUUUGGAUAAGGAUGCAGUUCUUAAAAAAAAAAUUCCUAAACUUCCAUCGGUCACUGGUGGAUUCGCGUGGGACCGUUUUCGCCUUCAACCACACACAAUUGAACGUGCACGGCCUUGCAAAUUCUUUUACGCCAAUACUACAGGCCGUGAAAUCAUAGACUACGAUUUUAGGUUACAAACUGGAAAUCCUAAAAAAGUUGGAGUAGCCCUGAACUUGGCAGAACAUAAUGUACCCGGAGAUCCGGGUCGUAUUGCAAUUGACUCAAAAGGUUUGCUUUGGGUGCCUCUUCUUGGAGGUCAUAGAGUCAUUCAAUAUGAUCAUUUUCAAAAGAAGGUGCUUCAAACUAUUCGCAUACCUGCAGCUAAAGUCGGAGCAUGCACUUUUGGAGGUCCUGGCUUAAGUCUUUUGUAUGUAUCAACAAUAGGAUAUGGAAAUAAUGAAGUUCGUCCAGAAGGUGAUGAAGGUGGCCAUAUUUACGCUAUUCAUAAUCUAGGCGUGACAGGUGUGCAGACAAGAGAGUACGUGUUGAAUAAAAAUUUAAUACGCCGGGCCUCUAUGGCGUUGGAAAGUAACAGGGUCAAGAUCAAUAGUGGUGAGGGGACUUCCCGUGAUAUUGAUCUGAAUCGCUCAAUAUUUAACUGAACAAGAGGUCCAAUAUAAGAGCAAUUUCGGGUA